CUCUGCCGCGCCUGCGCGGGAAGGGCGGGUCGGCGCGCCGGGCAGUGAGUCGGUCUCGCUGACUGCCGUGGCCCGAAGUGCAUUUCCCUUAGUGUUGGUCCAGGAGGAGGAAAGAUGGUGCUGGAUCUGGAUUUGUUUCGGGUAGAUAAAGGAGGGGACCCAGCCCUCAUCCGAGAGUCGCAGGAGAAGCGCUUCAAGGACCCAGGACUAGUGGAUCAGCUGGUGAAGGCAGACAGCGAGUGGCGACGAUGCAGAUUUCGGGCAGACAAUUUGAACAAGCUGAAGAACCUAUGCAGCAGGACAAUUGGAGAGAAAAUGAAGAAGAAAGAGGCAGUAGGAAAUGAUGAGUCCCUUCCAGAAGAUGUAUUAAAUCUUGAUGACCUUACUGCAGACACUUUAACUAACCUCAAAGUCGCGCAAAUCAAAAAAGUCCGACUCCUCAUUGACGAGGCCAUCCUAAAGUGUGAUGCCGAGCGGAUAAAGCUGGAAGCAGAGCGGUUUGAGAACCUUCGAGAGAUCGGGAAUCUUCUGCACCCCUCUGUGCCCAUCAGCAAUGAUGAGGAUGCCGACAACAAAGUAGAGAGGAUCUGGGGUGACUGUUCGGUCAGGAAGAAGUACUCUCACGUGGACCUCGUGGUGAUGGUGGAUGGCUUCGAAGGCGAAAAGGGGGCUGUGGUAGCUGGGAGUCGAGGGUACUUCCUGAAGGGGGUCCUGGUGUUCCUGGAACAGGCACUCAUCCAGUAUGCCCUUCGCACUUUGGGAAGUCGGGGCUACACUCCCAUUUAUACGCCCUUCUUCAUGAGGAAGGAGGUCAUGCAGGAAGUGGCACAGCUCAGCCAGUUUGAUGAAGAACUUUAUAAGGUGAUUGGCAAAGGCAGCGAAAAAUCUGACGACAACUCCUACGAGGAGAAGUAUCUGAUUGCCACCUCUGAGCAGCCCAUUGCCGCCCUCCACCGGGACGAGUGGCUUCGGCCGGAGGACUUGCCAAUCAAGUAUGCUGGCCUGUCCACCUGCUUUCGCCAGGAGGUGGGCUCCCACGGCCGCGACACCCGCGGCAUCUUUCGAGUCCAUCAGUUUGAGAAGAUUGAACAGUUUGUCUACUCAUCGCCACACGACAACAAGUCCUGGGAGAUGUUUGAGGAGAUGAUCGGAACCGCGGAGGAGUUCUACCAGUCCCUGGGGAUCCCCUACCACAUCGUGAAUAUCGUCUCAGGUUCUUUGAAUCAUGCUGCCAGUAAGAAGCUUGACCUGGAGGCCUGGUUUCCGGGCUCGGGAGCCUUCCGUGAGUUAGUCUCCUGUUCUAACUGCACCGACUAUCAGGCUCGCCGGCUCCGAAUCCGAUACGGGCAAACCAAGAAGAUGAUGGACAAGGUGGAGUUUGUCCACAUGCUUAACGCCACGAUGUGCGCCACGACCCGCACCAUCUGUGCCAUCCUGGAGAACUACCAGACAGAGAAGGGCAUCGUCGUGCCUGAGAAAUUGAAGGAAUUCAUGCCGCCAGGUCUCCAAGAACUGAUCCCCUUUGUGAAGCCUGCGCCUAUUGACCAGGAGCCAUCUAAGAAGCAGAAGAAGCAGCAUGAGGGCAGCAAAAAGAAAGGGGGAGCCAGAGAGGUUGCCCUGGAAAGCCAGCUGCAGAGCCUGGAGGUCACUGAUGCCUGAACAUUCCUCUGUCCCACCUUGCCAGGCUUUCACUUCCAGCAGCUGGAAUCUCCGCCUGCCCACAGGCAGGAAGCCAAGCAUGCACGCAUCACCCACCCGUCUGACUACAUUGCUAAAAGGGGAACCACCUGCCACGUACAGUGUGCAGCGUUCCUCUUUUCUCGCCUGGGCAUGAGAUCCAAUCACCGGUGACUGAUGAAACCAUGUAAUAAAGCAUCUCUGAGGGAGUCCAGGACUCCUUCUCAAUCUUC